AUGGGCAUGGCUUCCUUCAAUGUCUCCAUGACUCUGGUGCUCUUUGCCUUGCUCUGCCUGAGCAGAGAAGCUGCCGCAAGUGAGUAUAUAUACCAUUCCUGUUCAGACAAAACCACUUUCACUCCCAACAGCACCUUCCAGUCCAAUCUACACCAUCUCCUCUCUUCCCUUUCCUCCAACGCAACACGUGAAGAUGGUUUCUACAGAACCACCGUCGGCCAAAACGCUUCCGACGCUGUCUACGGCCUCUUCCUCUGCCGCGGCGACCUCACCGUCCAAGACUGCCAAGAGUGCGUGGGCAAUGCAACCCAAGAUCUGAUCCGGCAGUACUGCCACUUAGGAAAAGAGGGCGUGAUCUGGUACGAGGAGUGCAUGUUACGCUACUCAGACCAAUAUUUCUUCUCCAACAUGACCAUGCACCCUAGCGUUUACGUUCCAAGUAAGCGCAAAGUUCAUGAUCCAGAUCGCUUUAACCAUUUAUUGAUGGCAACGAUGAAAGGCUUGGUAAGCCAGGUUGCAAAUGCAGAAAUCGGUGCCAAAAAGUAUGCAACAAAAGAAGCAAAUUUUAUGGGGUCUCAAAUACUCUACACGCUUGAGCAGUGCACCCCAGACAUAUCCAGCUUUGCUUGCAGUAUGUGCAUACAGCAAGCGAUAGCGCUAUUGCCGAAUUGUUGUAGUGGAAUCGAAGGGGCAAGAGUUAUGUUUCCUAGCUGUAGAAUUAGGUACGAAAUCUACCAGUUUUACCUGAUGUCUAUGCCACCAAUUCUUCCUCCUCCACCUCCGGGAAAAAGAAAAAUCUUAAUCCACACAAUUAUUCUUAUUGUUGCUCUGAUUUCUGUCUCUGCGGUGCUCUUCAUUAUGAGCUACUACUUCCGUUGUAGGAGAGAAAACAUUGAGUACAAUGCCAUGGAUGAAGGGGCGUUGCAACUUGAUGUUGCUACAAUUGAAUUGCUGCCACUCAAACUUCUCAGAUGA